AUGUCGAGAGUUGAGAGAUGUCUGAAAUACAUUAGUGAUGGAAAAGGUUAUGAACUGUGCCUUAUAACUCAAGCGAGAAAGAGAAUCAGGGAGAUUGACUACUUAGGACUUUACCUUCACCUUAGAGAGAAAAAUCCAGGACCAGAUGCUAAAUGGUACGCUAGAACGAAGCCCAUCAAGGGUACCAUAGCUCGUGGGUUAACACAGGAGGAAGAUGAACUACUCAAACUGCAUCUGCAGCAUAGCCGCAUAGGUAGUUUGAAUAUUCUCGACAUUUUGCCGCAUCAAAGUGAGAAGGAUCAGGCUGAGAAUCUAAUGAUUGUUGAUCUACCAAGGAAUGACCUUGGUGGUGUCUGUGAGCUUGGCACUGUGCAUGUGCCGAAUCUUAUGGAUGUGGAGUCAUAUGCAAAUGUUCAUACCAUGGUCAGUACAAUUCAAGGGAAGAAGCAACUAGAUAUGAUUGCAGUUGAUUGUGUCAGUGCUGUUUUCCCUGGCGGUUCAAUGACUGGUGCCCCAAAGUUGAGAUCAGUGGAAAUUCUUGAUUCUCUUGAAACUUGUUCUCCAGGUAUCUAUUCGGGUUCCAUUGUUUUUUUCUCAUACAACCAGACAUUUGAUCUAAACAUUGUUAUAAGAACAGUAGUUAUACACGAGGGUGAAGCUCCAAUAGGCGCAGGUGGUUCAAUCGUUGCUCUAUCAAAUCCCGAAGAAGUGUAUGACGAAAUGAUCUUAAAAUCACGAGCUCCAGCGAAGGCUGUUACAGAAUUUCUGCAGUAGUGAGGUUACAUUCUGACUUACCUUUUACUGCUUAGGACUUGGGCAUAUUUUGCAUAUUUUCAAAAGGAUGCAAUUUGUUGUAGCAUUAAUUUAUUUGGUGAUUUUUUUUCCCAAGCAAUAGAACACAUGAUUUUUUAAAGCACAUGCCAUGUGAUUGCUUCAGUUUUGAUUAAUGUAAUGCUAUGUUAAGUCUGUAAUUGUUGUGUAAGUCUGUAAGAGCAACAUAUAAUAAUGUCUUUGCCAUUACUGGAGUUGAAGGUGUGUGUUUUUUUAAUUGAAAAGUGGCCAAUUUAAUUGCAAUGAAAGGCACAAGUUCAUGAAUGAGAGUAGAAAAAAAUAUAGGGUCAAAGUCAAAUUGACUAAAAUUGGGAUGUAGUUGGAAAAUAGUAGAGUGCAAAUAAAGCUCCCUUCAAAUGUGUCAUGUGGGCCGACUCGGCAAUGCCCACUGGGGCUAGUUGACGAGAUGGGCUGGCCCGGUCAGGCCCGUGAACCUCAAAUCAUUAGGCCCAGAGCCCCAGCACUUGGGCUUUAGCAUGUUGGGGCCCAAGGGCCCAGCCUUUUUUAUAAAUUAUGCAGGCCCGCGAACAUCAAAUAUGAGGCCCAGCUCCCCAGCCAGUGAAGAGGUGCUCACCAAACGGGCUGGGCCUGUCUUGGCUGACGGGCUUGAGGCCCGUUUGCCACUUCCACUCCUGGCAUC